AUGGCUAUUUCACAAACAGAAGCACAUUUUUACCCUUCUGUUACUAAAUGGAAUUUUCAUUCAUUUUCUUCUCUGAUCCAACAAAUUGGCCGGAAGCGUGGCCGUGGGCAUUUUGGAGGCCAGAGUGAGCAGGAGAACACCCUGGACCAGCUGCUCGUGGAGAUGGACGGAUUCAACUCUACCACGAACGUCAGCAUGCUGGCCGGCACCAACUGCCCUGAUGUCCUUGACCCAGCUCUGAUGCGGAUGGGCUGCUUCGACUGUCAGAUUUACAUUGGGCCCCAGGACAUCAAAGGCAGGUCGUCUAUCUUCAAGGUCCACCUGCAUCCACUCAAGUUGGACGAGAGCCUCAGCAAGGAUGCCCUGGCGAGGAAGCUUGCGGCCCUCACUCCAGGCUUCACAGGUGCUGAUAUUUCUAAUGUUUGCAUGGAAUGUCUCUCGCCGGCUCCCGGCAACCUAAACCCCUCUGUUGGGGAGAAGCACUUUGAGCAGGCCAUUGAAAGGGUCACUGGAGGCCUUGAGAAGAAGACCCAUGUCCUGCAGCCCGGUGAGAAGAUGACGGUGGCCUACCAUGAGGCUGGCCGUGCGGUGGUGGGCUGUUUCCUGGAACACGCAGACCCCCUGCUCAAGGUGUCCAUCGUCCCCCAGGGCAAGGGGCUCGGCUAUGCCCAGUGUCUGUCCAGGGAGCAGUACCUGUACACACGGGAGCAGCUCUUUGACUGCAUGUGCGCCAUGCUGGGCGGCCGCGUGGCUGAGCAGCUGUUCUUCGGGCGGGUCACCAUGGGGGCCCAGGACGACCUGAGGAAGGUCACCCAGAGCGCCUAUGCCCAGAUUGUGCAGUUUGGGAUGAGCGAGAAGCUGGGCCAGGUGUCCUUUGAUCUCCUGUGGCCAGGCAAGGCGCUGGUGGAGAAACCGUUCAGCGAGGCCACGGCCCAGCUCAUAGACGAGGGGGUGCGGCGGCUCAUUGGCUCCGCGCAUGCGCGCACCCUGGACCUGCUCACAAGCUGCCGCGAGCAGGUGGACAAGGUGGGCGGGCGGCUGCUGGAGAAGGAGGUGCUGGAGCAGGCCGACAUGGUGGAGCUGCUCUGGCCACGGCCGUUCGCCGAGAUCACCUACGAGGAGCUUGUGGAGGGCACGGGCGGCCUGGAUUCGGACACGGCCCUUCCCGAGGGUCUGCAGGGCUGGUGUGGGGGGCCUGCUGCAGGAGAGCCCAGCCUAGCGCCUCUGCCUGGAAAGCAGCCUCUGGGACCCCCAGGAAGCAAAUUAAAGCACAUGUAA